CGACAACAAGUACAUCAUCAACAACAAGUAAGAAAUUGCGUACUUCAAAAGCUUCUACCAUUCCAUUACUUCUUAUUCUCCACCAGGCUCGACAACUUCGACAUCAACAUCAACGAGCUCGACAUCUACAACAAGUACGUGUGUCGAAGCAGUUCGAAUCGUUCUAGAAUAAUCGAAGUGUAUGUUUGAACAUAGGCUUCGCUUCUUGUCCGCGCUUUUGUUUCUGUCCGACGUUAGGCAGUGGAAGGUGUUCAAAAUAAUUUUUCAUUGCGCUCUCAAUGGUGCGGGGUGAAGAAAUUUCGGAGUCGUUCGGCUGUAUUUCUUUACUUGUGAUGUAUGGAAAGAAUAUAGAUUUUGUUGACGAUUAAACUGGGAAGGUUUGUAGGGAAAAAGUAACUCAAUAUAUCCUUAAAGGGAAGAAACCUCCAAAGUAAAAUAAAGUUGGUUUUGGGUUGCUGCAAAGUGGCUUUUUGUAUUCAGGACACGAUAGCUAUGAGGAUUUUCUGUUUUUGAUGAGUGAUACUGCCAAAAGUGUAGCAAAAAUUUGCAGACUAGUAUUUACUCAUUUGAAUGUUUGUGCGCCAUUUUGUUGUCAAAUUUUUCCGAAACCGUUGGAAGCACCCUUUGGGAAAAGUAGAAUCGUCCGGAUUAUCGUGUGCUGAAUACGAAUGCACUUUGUAGCAACUCAAAAUCAACUUUAUUGUUUUACUCCGCUGAUAUAAGUUAUGGUCAAAAUAUUGAGAGGUUCAUUUAUUCUGAAGCGACCGUUAUAUGGUUUAGAGAAAUCGAAGAAAUCUAGAGGGUUUUUCGUGAUGAUCAGUGCUCCGUUCUUUUUAGCAAGAACAACGUCUACUACGAGUAGCACCUCAACCAGCACUUCAUCAACAACAACAGCGACAACGUCCACCACGACCACCUCAACCACAUCUACCUCUACAAGUACGACAACAAGCACGACAACAACAACGACAACAACCACGACAACAACAACGACCACAAGUAACAUUUGGUACAAUGGUGACAGAUGUGACAACACCAAGUUUGUUGGCGGCAGCCCCGUCCACAGGUGACGGUGAUCUUAAACUGAAACUAGGUCUUGGUCUAGGCUUGGGGCUUGGAUGUGUUGUUACCAGUAUACCUUCUAUUAUUUUAUCGAUUCGUUAUUGUCGCACAAAAGUUCACUGGCGGGCACAAGCACAACAACAACAAUCAAUACCAUCAGUGUGUAAUACUGAUACAACAACCUCAACACAAACAAGAACUGAAUUACGGAAAAAAGAAGGACCCCAACGAAGACGUGCAAAUACCGCAAAAUUAAAAGCUGAAAAUGAACAUUUAAUGAAUGUCAUCAGACAAUUAGAAGAUGAAAAUAAAAAACUAAAAACAAAAAUUUCCUCGUCAUUACCGUCAUCUGGAGUACAAAAAUCUGCAACUUCAAAUUCUCGAGCACCAAUAUCGCCGCCAAGAAUAUCCUAG